AUGGGAAACACACAAGCAAUACUAUCUGAGAAGGAUCAAAAGGAUUUAUUACAAGCAGCUAAUUUUAGUGAAACUGAUAUAAAAAAAAUGUACAAAAGGUUUAUAGAACUUGACACAAAUAAGAACGGACAGCUAGAUCCAAAUGAAUUAUUUGAUGUUCCUGAAAUAAGUGAUAACCCAUUAGUAAAACGAGUUAUAUCAAUAUUUGAUUCAAAUUCAGACGGAAAAGUUUCCUUUGUUGAAUUUUUAGUUGGCAUUACAAAACUAGCGUCAAGUACUGACGAUUUCCAAAAGAAAAAAUUUGCCUUUGACAUUUAUGAUAUAAACAAAGAUGGAAUGAUUUCCAAUGGAGAGUUAUUUACCGUUAUGAAAAUGAUGAUCGGGAAUAAUUUAAAUGACAUACAGUUACAGCAGCUAGUUGAUCGAACAAUUUUGCAAGCAGACAAAGAUGGGGAUGGGAUGAUUUCCUUUGAGGAAUUUAAAGAUAUGAUAUCACAUAUGGAUGUUGGAAGUAAAUUGAAGCUGGACUUAUAA